UUUAACUAACAAUCUUUUCGUAACAUAUAACACUGUCAAAAAAGGCUUAGCUAGCAUUAACAAAGCAGUGUUUAAGUGGAGGAGACGGCAUUGUUGUACCAUUGAUUUUAACAUAAGCUCUUUAGUAUGAAGAUCACUCGGAAAUGGUUGAUUCUCGCAACUUUAAUAAUAACAUUUCUGGUUUGUGGUACAGUAGUCACCAUCGUUCUAGUACUAACUUUUUGGAAAACUGCCGCGGAAAAAACAGUUUGCUUGACUGACGAGUGCAGGGAAGCUGCGGCUGGCCUCCUGGCGUCCAUGAACCAGUCGGUAGACCCUUGUUCUGACUUCUACACCUACACCUGUGGAGGAUGGAUCAACAAAGCUGUCAUCCCUGAUUCUGCUAAAGAUAGCAUCUAUGAUGUGAGAAGGAAACUGGAGUUUCAAACAACACAUAGGCUAAAAGCUCUUCUUGAUGGGAUUUCUCUACCUAAGCCGUCAGCUGCUGUAACUCAGAUGAAAAAGAUGUACACAUCGUGCCUAAAAAUGGAUGACAAUAUCAUUCAUGGAGCAGCUACAUUGCGAAAGAUGUUGAAUGAUGUCGGAGGCUGGCCGCUUUUAUCCACAAACUGGGCAGGUGACGUUUACAACUGGGUCCACCCAAUAGCUUGGAUGAUUCGUCAGCUUGGAAUUGUGCCUUUUAUAUCCUUCACUAUAGCUCCCGACUUCAGAAAUACGUCAACAAACGUUAUUUACUUAGGAAAUCCUGUAAUUCAGGGAUUCUUAAUUACUCAAGAGCGUCAACAGAGGAAGCUUAUCCAAAAUAUUACUAAACAACUUCAAGAACGAGAAAAUAAGGAUAAAGUGGAUCCAGAAGAAAGUGACAUUGCCAGCAUUUUUGAAGUGGAGAAAAGAAUUAAAGAGACUCUUGAAAGAUUUCCCUCUAAAAACGAGAAAGAAUGGAUGAAAAUGACAGUAGGGGAAUUAAUAAGUUCUACAAAAGAGUCUGUGAUGUACCCUGUACUAAUUUGCCGAAUGAUCCUCAGGAAGAUCGCCAGCUAUAUCGGAUGGAGGAUUAUUUUAAUGAGAUUAGUAAUAAUGCCGAAGCAAUUCAGAAAUGCAUAUUUAUUGGCCUUUAAUAACAGUGAACUGGAGCAAGACCUUUUCUGUGUAACAUUAACAACCAACAGUUUUGUCUAUGCAGCCACACAUCUCUACCUCAACCAGCACUUCGUCCCUUCAAUGAAACCAAAGAUACAGGAAAUAGUCGAUAAUUUGAAAAGGGAGUUUCUCUUUAUGUUAAGUGACUUAGAGUGGAUGGAUGAUAAAACCAAAGAGAUCGCAGAGAGAAAGGCGAAAGAAAUGGUCGAUUUUGUGGCUUACUCAGAUAUUGCUGUGAAUAUUUCUAAACUGGACAAGUUUUACAACGCAAUGGAAGACCUUGGGGACGACAAUAUUGUGCAGAAUUUGUGGUCCGUAUCAAGGUUUCUGUCAGAAAACAUUAUUCUGAAGCUAAGACUCUCAAAUAGCCGUACUGAAUGGGACAGUAAACCUUUGUCAACAAAUGCGGUAUAUUACCAGAACAAAAAUUCUUUCGCUUUAUCGGUUUCUAUGCUAGAUCGUCCAUUUUUUGAUCCAAAGUUUCCUCGGUAUAUGACGUACGGAGCAAUAGGAGCAGUGAUUGGUCACGAAAUUACACAUGGCUUUGAUGUCCGCGGAAGUGAGAGAGAUGAGUACGGGAACGCUAACAACUGGUGGACAGAAGAGUCUCGUGCACAGUUUAAUGCUCGUACGGACUGCUUUGUGAAGCAGUAUAACAAUUACAAGGUCAACGGAACAAACACAUUAGCUGAAAAUAUUGCUGAUAAUGGUGGUGUACGACAAGCUUUAAAAGCCUACAGAAGAUGGGUAGGGGAAAACAACCAGGAAACAUUGUUACCAAACCUGACAGGAUUUACUCAAGAACAACUUUUUUUUCUUUCAUAUGGCUCGAUAUGGUGUGCAAAGUAUGAGAACGUGGAUAUUUUACAAUUAUCAAGAAUAAGCAAUUAUGCACUAGCUCAAUACAGAGUUAUUGGCUCCUUAUCAAACAUGGCAGAAUUUGCUGAAGUAUUUAAUUGUAAGGCUAAAUCAGAAAUGAAUCCUGCACGGGAGCGAUGUGUUCUUUGGUGACAACUCUGUUAAUGUACUCUAGCUCAUAUAUCUAUUUCUAAUGUUAUGAAACUUCAGAAUUAUGCAAUAAACAUAAUAUGGAAAAUAAAAUCUUCAGCAUUAGAAAAGUUUCAAGUACAACUAAUUUUUUUGUUUUAUGUCUAUAUAUAUAUAUAUAUGAUUUUAUCAACAUUAUUUAUCUGGGGACUGUUGCAGUUUUCUCAACACUGACUUGUUGCUAGUAACUAUCGGCAAGUGUACAAAAAUAACAAUGUUUUCAUCACUAUUAUUAAUAAACCAUACAAUUAAGAAAUACAUUUACAUCACCAGUCUUAUACAAAAGUUAUCUCCUGUUGGUUUAUAUUACAAGUCUAUGUUUUGAGAAAUUAAACCAAUAAAGUAUUUUAUAUUUAUUUGGAGUGGGAAUUUUUUUCUUCAAUACUGAACACAGCUUGAAUGAGAGAAUUAAGUUACAUAACUCUGAUGUAUUGAAUUAAAAAUCAUAUAAGCCUUAAAUGUUUGGCUUUUAAUUGUCAGAUCAAUAUCUAUAAGAUAAAUAUCCUCAUCCCUGUUUCUGCCAAGUUAAGCCACUAUAUGUUGAUUAAUAUGAAUAGUAAAAAUUAAAUUCACAUGAGGUUAAAAGGUAACUUAAAAUUUGUUGACUGCAAACUUUUACACAUAUUUGGUCAAUAUUUUCAUUACAGCAUAAUACAUGGAUGUGACCUGUAUAAAAACAGCUUUCAAAUAAUAACACAACAUCACUGUAUUCUUUAGACAAAACAAGUCAUAUAGACCUGGUUCUUAAAAGUCAUAAUUUUGUAAAAUUCUCAGAAAAUAAUAUACAAGACAUACAUAUUAGAUGCUACUGUAAAAUUUAUUUCAUUAGCUUUACCACACUUUUGUGUGUACUUAUUUAACAAACACUGGUGUUAAGAGUUGUGAAAAGCAAUUUAAUAACAUCUGUUUAUCCU